AUGGAAAAAAACAGUAAAGAGAAAAUAUUGUGGAGGUGCAGAAGAAAAAAGAUAAUUGUAUUGAUACUCUACUAUGAUUCUUACCAAAAAGAUUUUUAUACAUUAUCAUUUGAUGAAACAACGAACUCAACUGGAUCAAAAGAAUUAGAAAUUGCAGUAAAAUACUGGUCUGAAAGUAAAGGAUUGAUAGUGCAUCAUCAUCUACAAUUGUUUUUAAUUAGAAAAGCCACAGGUGAAGAUCUGUUUGAAAAAUUAAAAAAAGCUCUUGAUAAUGCUCAUUUACCAUUAAAUAUGCGUAUUCAUAUUGGAAGUGAUGGGCCAAAUGUAAAUAAGAAGGUUUAUAGACUAAUGAAUGGAGAAUGUUUAGCUGUAAGAAAUCAAAAGUUACUCAAUAUUGGAUUCUGCAAUAUUCAUUUAUUACAUAAUGCUUUCUGCAAAGGUAUUUCAGUUUUGGGCGAGGAAGCAUCUGAUCUUAUAAUAUUAAUUCACAAUUAUUUUACUGGAUUGCCUUCAAGAUGGGAUGAUUUUGAACAAAUUCAGAGGGAUAAAGAAAUUCCAAAUUUGCAUUUUGUUAAACAUUGUCCAUCUAGGUGGCUUACUAUCGAAAAUACUGCGGCUCGACUAAUACAACAAUGGGAUGCAGUAGUUUAUUACUUCUUGAAAUUUGUUCCCCAAAUACGUUCUAUAUUAAUGAAAUCUUAA